CUCUUUUGCCCACAAUCAGGGGUGGUCCCGGACGGAGCCAAGCCCCCUGAAUUCUCUUGGCAGGGGGGAGAAAGAUCUGUUUCCUCUCCUGGGACCGAUGGAGUGAGGAGGUGUCCUCUGUGGUUCUGCAGAGCGGGCUCCACGUGGCUAAGCCGUAUUUCCUAAUUAAGAUGAAGGGAAGAGAAACCUGAGCAAUCUUCUCUUUGCAGCAGAAAACUCAGACAAAGCCUUCUCUCACCACCAGAAGUUUGGCAGAGCCCCGUCCUGACGCCCCGCUAGACCGAACGGGCCCCGUCUCUCUGCCCCCAGCCUCCAGGAAGCAUGGCCCCCAUUUUUGCUCAGCUCACCAAAAAUGUGGCCAAGAAGAUUAAUUCAGAAGGAGAACUGCUGCCUCUGCUCAGCAUGAACAACUCUAAACGCUUCCGUCCGUUGUGCCUGGUGCGGAAGAAGAGGAAGGGCACCCUAUUCUUUGGGGCUCGCUUCCGCCCGACCAACCUCUCCCUCUUGGACGUGCUGGAUUCGGAUCUCCCAGCACCAGAGUUGAAAAGGGAGGACAAAUUCGGAUUCCAGGACAGAGUGGACGGCAGGUUGAAAGGGAAGGUGGACCUGAGAGACUCACUGCUGUCAGUGCAAGUGUCGGGGGAAAUCAAGAGAGUCCAGAAUUACUCCCUGGAGGUACAGAUUGUCUUAAUCUCUCCUGAAGACUUGGAUAAGAUGCAGAAGGAGAGGAAACUGAAGAAAAACGAGCCCGAGGAGCUGAAGGAGUUGCGCCGCCUGGGCGAAAACCUGUUCGUGGUGACGAAAGUUGUGGAGACCUUGGAGGAAGCCAAUUUGAGCAGCGAGAGACAGGCUGAGGGCGGUUGCCUUUUGAAGCUCCUCUCCAUUCACAUGAAGGCCUUGCACAACCAUCAGGAAGUUGUGAACAUCGGGAAAGGCUGCACCCUGGCCUUCGGCUUGGGACACUUGAUUUUCCGGGACAAGUGGAAAAUCCUGUCCAUGCCCUCGAAGGAGAAAACAUUCCUGUCAAAAGGUUUGGAGGAAGACCCCUUCGUCAAAGAUUUGGCCAUGGCUAAGGAUGCCAAAGGGUUUGAGGGGCUGCGGCAGGAGGUGCGUCAAGAAAAACAAUAUCUGAUAUACCUGGAUCGGCAGUUGAAGGAGACAAUAUUGCAGGCUGUCCAGGACCUCCUGGGGCAGAGGGAGGAGAUGCAGAAAGUCGAGGAUGCGCUGGAAGACGCAAUGGAUGGCAAGGCGACGCAGAAGUUGGAAGGUCCCGGAAAUAUCCUUCUCACCAUCUUGAAGGAAGACUCGGACCACGUUGUGCCUGAGCUGACUGGCACGGUCCUCUACCUUCUGGGAGCGCUGCUGGUCCUGAGCGAUACCCAACAGCACCUGCUCAAGUUGGCCCUGGAGAAGAAGCUGCUGCCCCAACAGCUCAAGCUGGUGGAGAGCAUUCUGGAGCAGACCUUCCCCAUGAGCCAGGAGGGACACUUCUUCCUGACGCCGGGCCCUGAGGACGAGGAGCGAUCCUUCACCACCGCCCUCCUGGAGCAGUAUGGUUUGGAGCUGUCCGGACCCAACUCUCAGUUUCUCUGGAAGCCAGAUGCAUUAGCCUCCCUCUCCGCUCUCUACGGGGCCCUCUCGCUCUUGGAUAGGAGGAAUUAACUCGGGCUUCCAGAGCGGGCCUCCCCACCAGGGGACUCAAAACCAAGUCCUCCAGGAGGUUUGUGGGUUAACCCCACCCAGCCAGCCUGGUGUAAAUCAAAGCUUUCUCAUUUCUAGGUGAGUGACUCAGACACCAGUGUGUCCUGGUGGGUCUUUUAUACAUUUUUUAGUUUCUCCCCUUAGAAAUCAGAGAUCCUAUCUUCUCCCGCUUCAGUGCUUCCCUUCGAAAAGCAGCAUGACGUAGUGCAUAGAGCACAGGCCUGAAAGCCAGGAGCCCUGGAUUCCAAUCCCGGACCUUCUGGUCUGACUUGGGGAAAGUUCUAACUUCUCUGUGUCUCUGUUUCUUCAUCUGUAAAUUUGUUGUAUUGUUGUAUUGCACUCUCCCAAAUGCUUAGCACAGUGCUCUGCUUACA